UUUGAAUUAAUCGCAAGAAAGAAUCAAGCGGGAGAAGUUGCAGGACCGCGCGGUUACGAAUCGUCGAUGUGUCAAUGGCUUUAGUGUUCUAUUAAAUUCGUCGAAUAACAUUCGCGUGUAUAGUUCGUUGUUGCUACAGAAUUAUGUAUUUACUUGCUUAAAAUAAAAUUACUCAGGAUGAAAAUUCUUGGCUAUAUCAUUGUAGUUAAGAGGUCUGGAAACGAUGGCACUCCUUAUCCGUUAACAAGUGCCAAUCCCAACUGCAGUAUUGGACGUGGAAUUGAGUGUGAUAUCAGGGUACAACUUCCCGUUGUGUCUUGUCAGCACUGUAGAAUUGAAGUUGAAGCCAGUGGAAAGGCAUAUUUAACAAAUAUCAGUUCAAGUAAUCCUGCCUAUUUGAAUGAUGUAAGGUUGUGUCCAGAAGAAGUCAGACUCUUGAAUCAUAAAGAUGUAAUCCACAUCGCAGACCGCAAACUCCGCUGGGAGUACCCUGAAGAGUCUGUUUUACGUUUAACAAGGAAAGAAAGUACAACAUUCAAGAUCUUGACUCCAAAAUCUAAAGCUCCAGUCAGCUAUCAGCAAAAGGUUCUUUCAAAUGACGACAGCAACAGAGGGGAUGCAGGAGAACUAAUACAGGAUGCUGCCAGGCGAAAAAAAGUAUCUUUUGGUCGCGAACUAGACCCAGAACACUUUGACAUACUUCUUCCUCCUUCUACACCAAUCAGAAAAGGAGAGAAGCCAGAUAGUUUUGCAUUCGCAAGUCCAUAUACAAAUAGUAGUGUUAAAAGAGCCACUCGACUGUCAGCUGUGCCUUCAACUCCUAGUAUUGCUGAAGAAGUUGGUGCUGACACUCCCACAAAGAGUUUGCUGAGGAGACGUAGUCCCACACCAAUAAAACCAUACCUUGCUCGAAGUCUAGGUCUUCUUACACCAAAGUCGUUAUCUAAAAACUCUAACACUUCAGAGCAAAUUGCUUCAAAAGUUGACACAAAUGGUGAUUCAGGCUCUCCUGAAUUGGGAAAUUCCCCUUCUUCCAGCCCAAAUAAUGGAUCAUCGAUGUCUAGUCCCAAAUCAUCAGUUCAAACUCCUAAGACCAUGAAAAAACCUCUCGCAUUGAGCUCCCAGGCAUCACUAGAGACUCCAGAUGUCAAACAAAAAUUAAGGACUCCAAGUCCUAAGAUUUCAUCAAAGCCUUCAAGUCCAAGAGUUGCUUCAGAAACUCCUAGUUCUAAGUCUGUGUCUACAAGUCCAGAGCCUUCUUGUGCUACACCUAGUGGAAAACCACCUCAGAUUCCCAUUUCCAAGUCUGCAUCAAAAACUGGUAAUAAGUUAAUACUGGACACCAAGCAGGACCAGGAAUCAUUUGACUCUUCCCUAUUGGUUGUAAAAGAUGAAGCUUCACCAACAUUAAAACCUAGAAAAACAGAGAGUGACAGCAUUAAAGAUAAGUUAGAAAGUUCCAAGAAGUCUAGGGAAUCAUUAUUAGUUGACAUUAAUGUCAGUGAUGAAGAUUCACAGGCAAAGGCACAUGAGUUGUCUCUGACAGAGAAUCAUGCCAUGGAUAUUUCUGAUGGGCCCAAGCUUACACCUUCACCAAAGAAAGGAAGAUGUAAGGAACUUGAGAAACUUGUAGGUGUGUGCAGGUCAUCUCCCAGAAAACUUCAUUUGGGGAAGAGGGAAUCUCCAAUGAGAAAGAUUUCAAAGUCAGGGUCACUGAAAAGACAGUCAUUGAGGACACCAAAAAGUCCUAAGCUUAAAGCAUGUGGAUUGACUAAAAUUAACACUCCUGUGAUACUUUUUGAUGACAAAACUGAACUGUAUAAGGUCCAUGACACAUCCAAAAUAUCCAGGAUCAAUACACCCAGCAUUCUAAAGAAUAAAACACCAAACCUAGACGGGAUAUCACACAGUGAGGACACAUCAAAGACAUCAGAGGUGGACAUUGGUAAAACACCAAAGGCUAAUAAAAACAAAACAACAAAAGUGACACCUCACAAGAUUGGCUCACCAAAGAGAUCUGAGGAAGAGACAUUAAAAACUCCCAAAGUAGGUGAAGCUGAGAUGUCUGGGAAUUUGACACAAGAGGACAUGCCUGAAACACCUGAAAUUGACAAAACCAAAUCACUAGGAGUGCUAAAGACACCUAAGGUUACAACAUCAGCAAUUGUCAAACCUUUGACACCAACAAAGAACAUGCCUGAAGCUGACAAAACUAAAUUACCAGAUAGUGAAAUUUCCACAACAUUAGAACCUGAAAACCCUGAGGCAGAUAUUAACAGAUCCAAGAAACAAGAAGAGGUUGUGCCCAAAACUCCUAGAGAUAAGUCUCCAAAAUUUAAUACUCCCAAGACAACAGAAAAAACACCUAAGACUGGUAAAAACACAACCACAAAUCUGAGAACACCCAAGGGUGACACAUCUAAGAGAUCAGAGGAAAUACUCAGAACUCCAGAAGUAGGUGAAGCCGAGAUAUCAAGGGAUAACACAAAUUUGACACUUGGCAUGUCAGAAGCACCUGAUAUCAACAAAACCAAGUUACUAGGGUCUCAACAAGUCUUGGCGGAUAUUGACACACACAAGGAACAAGCAGUGGAUAUGCCCAGAACACCUAGGGCUAAGUCAUCAAAAAUCAACACCCCCAAGACAGCAGGGAAAAUGCCUAAGACUAGUAAAAAUAUGACGACAAAUCUUGAAGCACCAGAGGGUGACAUGUUUAAGAAAUCAGAGGAGCUCCCUAAAACUCCAAAAGUAGGUGAAGUUGAAACGUCAGAGGAUGACACAAAUUUGACACUUGAUGAAGACAUGCCUGAAGCACCUGAAAUUGACAGCACCGAAUUACUAGGUGUUGAAAAAGCCAAGACAGUGAAUGAAACAUCUGAGAUGCAAGCAGUGGAUAUGCCCAGAACACCUAGGUCUAAGUCACCAAAAAUCAGCACCCCCAGGACAACAGGUAAAACACCUAAGACUGGUAAAAGCACGACCAUAAGUACAAGAACACCCAGGGGUGACACGUCUAAGUUAUCGGAGGAAGAGAUACCCCAAACUCCAAAAUUAGGUGAAAUUGAGAUUUCGGGGGGUGAUACAAAUUUGACACCAGAGGAAGACAUGCCUGAAGCAUCUGUAAGGGACAAAACAAAAUCACCUGGGGCUGAUGCACCCAAAGAUAUGGGUGUGUCCAGAACACCUAGGUCUAUGUCACCAAAAGACUCCAAGAUAACAGGUAAAACCCCUAAGACUAGAAAAAGCAUGACCACAAAUAUAAGAACACCCAAAGGUGGCGUAUCUGAGAGAUCCGAGGAGACCCCUAAAACUCCAAAAGUAGGUGAAGUUGAGAUUUCAGAGGAUGACACAAAUUUGAUACUGGAGGAAGACAUGCCUGAAGCACCUGAAAGUGACAGAACAAAAUCACUAGGGGCUGAAGAAGCCAAAGCAGGUAUCGACACACCCAAUGAAGAAGAUGUGGGUGUGCCCAGAACACCUAGGUCUAAGUCACCUAAAAUAAAAACACCUAAGACUAGUAAAGACAUGACCACAAGUCUGAGAACACCCAAGUGUGACGUCCCUGAGGUGUCUGAAACUGUAGAGCCUGAUGCUGUUAUGUUGAGCAAUUGUGAUGUAUUGGAAGAAAAAGAUUCAGGGUCAUUAGAUAUGGGAAGUGACCUAGACUACAAGCAUAGUCCUAGCACCAAUAAAUUCGUGCUGCAAAAUCUCCAUCUAAGCGCAAGAGUUUGGGGGCAUGCCGCAUGUCAAUAAGA